AUGGAAACGCGGCAGACGACGGAAUACAUCCUUUCGCAAGCUACUGCAACCUUGGGCCAGGACCGCUCACAUCACGCCGGGCGGCCCCCACAAGGCCUGAUGCGGCGGCCCCGCGGCCUUGUCAUCUUCUCACCAUCCACCGAACAAUCUACCAAUUGGCAUCGCGGGCCAGCCAGUGCCGCGCCUCUCGUCCCCAACAAGCCGCGAUGGUCGUCGAGCAAACGCGACUACCGUCCAAUGGCGCGCUUGGCGCCGUUGGCCCGUUUCAGCGGCCGAGCCGAUACGUCGACCCCUUUUGCCGCGGCCGUCAGGUCAGAGUGCUGCCUGACGUCGGACGAAAAGAAGAAACACGAGACGUUGGACGGCAGCAAUGCCUCUUUUGAUGUAGCCUACCUUGUGUUUGUGGAACAACCAAAGGAGAGAGCCGUGUGCGUCAGUCCAGUCGCGAGUUCUGCUGAGGUCAAGGGUACACCCGGCACGCACGUCCUCGUCCAAGUCACUACGCUCGCCGCAGCAGUUCAGGCGAAGUACGAGUAG